AUGGCCGGCAGCGCCAUCGUAGUUGGAUAUGGUAUGAUUGAAGAGGUCGGUAUAGUUUGCUUUGAUGCUGGCGGAUGUGCAGUUCGCAUCGUGGCUAGAGAGGCCUAUGGUGAGCAGUUCGAGAUGAUUCUGCGCGUGCUGCAGCCAGCCGAGACAUUGCCAGCUUUCACCACAGCUAUCCCAGAGGUGCAGGAGUCAGGGCCUGAGGGCAACGAAGCCUGGCACCAGACUCUUGCGGGCUUCCUCGACAAAGCCUUGAAGGCUUAUAAUUGCGCGCACUACUUCCUGCACUGCGCUCUGCGACAGCGAGACUUGUUCGCCCACAAGGGAGUGAACCAGCCUGAGCUGUCUCUCCUUCCGAACGAAGAGGUUGCCGAGACCUAUCACGGAAUUCUUAAUUUUGGGGCCUCACAAGAGGACCUUGUUGGCCACCUGAUUAUAACCAACGUCCGAGUGGUUUGGGCUCUGGAUCGAGACCGCAUGACGUACAACGUCAGCGUGCCUCACAGGGCUCACGUCCCCUCCCUGACAGACACGCAGACUUUUGGGCUCUGCCUGGUGCUGCAUAUUCCGCAGCCUUUCCUGAACAAUCCAGAUCAUUUCGGAGGUAUGCGAUUAGGUUUUGGAGCUGCUGAGUUACAGGGUGAGGAGCGGAGAAAGCGCCUGGAGAAAAUUUUGGCCCACAUCGUUGAGAUGCAAGGCCAUUACACGUCAGACGCGAGGUAUGGGGUGGCGGAUUACAUGCGAAAUCAUCGCCAGUAUCAGGUGGAGUCCAACGUGCGGCUGCUGCAUGCGCUGAGCCAUCUUGACAUGCUCAGCGACAACACCAGGCCAGACAGCAUUGAGGCGAACUUGCAGGGCGAAGUCAACGAGUGUGUCAUUUGCCUGGAACAGGUCUGCAGUGGAUCGCGUCUCGCUUACUUGCUGGCAGCCGGCAAGCUGGGCUGGGCUUGCCGGCAUAUCUUUCAUUUGGAGUGCGCUCAGCAGCUGGCAACACGCAAGUGCCCGGUGUGCAGGUCAAGCUUCAGCGAGGUGCGGGAGAUGCCUGACAUCCGUCACAAUCCUGGUGCUUGGUUUGAUGCCAUGGAUAUUGACCGCACUGGCGAUUUGGAUCUUGAUGAGGUUCUGGGGGCCUUGGCUGUCGUGCUUCCAAUUGAUCGCGAGAAGCUCGAAACCCUGCUCAAACCGGGUGAUGUUCAGGAUGGAGGUAAGCGGUGUGACGGAGUUAAUGAAACUGUCGCGCAGGAAAGUGACAACACUCAGAACACUCCCCUCGAUGAGGAGAUCAUCGAAAUCAGCGACUCGCCUCUUCCGGCUGUUCUGCCGGCCUCCGAUCUCUGGCGUCAGUGGGACAAAGAAGGUACGGGUCGUAUCACAAGAAAGGCUUUCGAGGAUCCAGAAGGUGGGCUUCUGGUCUGGAUUCUCGCUCGUUUAAAACUUGUUCAUCGUGGCCAGAAACCUCGACCCUGUUUGGCAGCUGCUGUAAGCUCCGAAGCUCUUGGAAGGUGGUUUGACUUCUGGGACUGGAGCCAGGUUGGGUUUUUGACCCGUGGGCAGAUUACUCGGGCAGUGGCGAAAGAGUUCGAAGGCCGCCUGGCUGACCUGAAGUGCUUGGACCUGGUACAAGAGGUCUGGAAGACCAUCACGGAGGAGACAAUGUCAAAGCCAGUCACUCCUCAUUCGACCGUUCCGACUCCAUCUCAUGUGCCGGACGAAGAGCCAGGCAGCCCCAAAUCAGGACACAAAAGCCAGGAUCAUUUGGUCCUUGCCUAUCCAGAUCCAUGGAAUCUGCGAGAAGGUAUUUGCUCGCGCGGUGAUUUCUUGGAAGCAGGCCUCGGUUCAGCAUUACGGCUGAAGCUGUUAGAUGUGACAGCCCAAAGGUCAGCCGCAGGUCGACACCGGCAAAUGUCCAAGGAGAUGCACAAGAUGUUCAGCUUCGAAGAAGCUUUGGGACCAGCAAGACCCGGCAUGGCCAAACAGCAGUUCUUUCUUGGCUUGACGGAUUGUGCCUGCAGCAGCAAGCGCCCGCCCGGCGAACCCGAGCCGCGCACCGUCCGCCUUUCGCAGAGUGCUCUCUCCAUAGAGGCCCCAUCAUGCAACAUGUGCAUCGCUUGA